GCCGCUGCAUCCUCUUCAGCCUAACCGUUCAUUCAUCGUGUCAGCCUUUACACUCUCAUCAUUGUUAGCUGGUAGAUGCUCAAAACCAGAUCGCUGUUAUUUUCAGUAUGGACCCACUCAGUGUCACGGCCAGCAUCGUUGCGAUUCUCCAGCUUUCAGCUAAGGUGCUCAGCUACCUGAACGACGUCAAGGAUGCACCAAAGGACCGCGCGAAAUGCGCAGUGGAGGUUUCAAAUCUUCACAGCCUUCUCCUCAGUCUCAGAUUCCACUUAGAAGAAGAAGAAGCCAGCCAGUCAUGUUAUGUCGCUGUUCGAGAGCUUGCAGUCGAGAAUGGACCGUUAGACGAGUUCAAGCAGGCGCUGGAAACGUUACAAGCUAGGAUGACUGACGGGGGUCGACUCAAGAAAGCUAGUAAUGCGCUUAUGUGGAAGUUCAAAAAGGAGGAGAUUUCAGAGGUUUUAGCUCGAAUAGAGCGGCUCAAGACACAUAUAUUGGUCGCGUUGCAUAUGGAUCAAUUCAAACUUUCGAAAGCUGUUAAAGCUGACACCAAGUUCGUUCGGGAGCAUGUAUCUGCUAUCCAUUCUGGGGUAGAAACGAUUCAAGGGAACCAAGAUUCUGCAAAGCACAGCAAGCUCCUGAAAUGGAUAUCGGCCUCAGACUACCCCGCUCAGCAAUCGAGUAUCAUCAAGAAUAAGCAGGAGGGGACCGGACAGUGGUUUCUCAAUACGCAUGAACUUGCACAUUGGAUCAAUGAGAGUAGGGCUACGCUAUUCUGCCCAGGUAUCCCUGGAGCUGGCAAGACCAUGAUUGCAGCUAUUGCAAUUGAUCAUUUGCUAAAUACAGUCCAGGACAGUUCGCAUGGGGUCGCUUAUGUGUACUGUAACUACAAAGCUCGAGAGGAACAAGAAAUUUCGAGCCUACUGGCAGCCAUUCUGAAGCAGCUAGUCCAGGGUCAAUUAUCGAAGGCAGAUCGCUUAGAGGAAUUGUAUCUGAAGCAUGCCGACCGUGGAACUAAGCCAUCCCUCUUCGAGAUCUAUGACACGCUUCGAGACGUGAUUGCAUCUUAUCAAUCUGUAUAUAUAGUGGUCGAUGCACUGGAUGAAUGCCAUGAAGACACUCGUUGCCAGUUCCUGGCCAAACUCCGAGAUCUCCAAGCAAUACACGAUAUUCGCCUGAUGGUCACCUCGCGGUUUAUGCCAGACAUCAAGGAUGCAUUGAGUAGAGGGCCAAGUCUCGAGGUGCAGGCUAGCAGAGAAGAUGUCAAGCGUUUUGUGGCUGGGCAGAUGCAUACUUUAUCUCCAUACAUACAGCACGACACAGAGCUGCAGAAAGCAGUGCAGGAGAAAAUAGCAGAUGCAGCAGAUGGCAUGUUUCUACUUGCUUUUCUAUACACAAAUUCGCUACGAGGCAAAAUAACCACGAAAAAGGUGAAAGAAAUUCUGUCCAAACUCAAAAAAGGGGCAGCUGGACUUGAAGACGCAUAUGAUACUACUCUUCAGAGAAUCGAUAGUCAGUCAGAGGUGGACUGUAAAUUGGCUAGAGAGGUCCUGUCGUGGAUCACGCUCGCCGAACGACAGCUUACUACCGCCGAGAUCUGCUGCGCUCUAGCAAUAGAGGAUGGGGAAGACGAGAUAGACCCAGAGAACGUACGUACUCUGGAGGACCUGAUCUCUGUAUGCGCUGGUCUUGUCACUGUUGACCAAGAGAGUGAUAUCAUUCGUCUCGUGCAUUAUACUACACAGGAAUACUUCGAGCGCACUGGAGACCUGUGGAACCCCAGAGGCCAUGUGUAUAUCGCUACCACAUGCCUUAAGUAUCUGUCGUUCAGCGCUUUCCAGAGUGGCAGCUGCCCCAAUGACAAAGAGUUCAGAGAAAGGUUGCAGCAAAAUAGCUUCCUGGACUAUGCGGCCAAGUAUUGGGCACGCCAUGCGAAACCCGUCGAAGCAGAGGUCGCCGCUCGUGCCUGUGAGCUCCUCCAAGGAAACUCGUUUUCAUCUAUUGAAGAAGUUUUAUUCGCCUCUGACUACAAGUACAAUUGCUAUAGCACACGUUAUCCUGUUCGUACACCCUUGCACUACACAUCACAGUUUGGACUCCCUGAUAUAGCUGAGAAGGUGUUGGCUACUGUGAAUGUGCCUAUUGCAGAGGCGGUAAACGCUAAAGAUAGCCGGGGAUGGACUCCUUUGAUUUCUGCAGCACAGUAUGGCCAACCUGAGAUGGUGCAAUUACUGCUUCGGGCUGAUGUUAAUGUUCAGGGUGGAAAAUACGGUACUGCAUUGCAAGCAGCAUCGUAUGAAGGCUAUGUACAGAUAGUCAAGAUGCUGCUUAAUGCAGGGGCUGAAGUUAAUGCGCAGGGUGGAGAGUAUUCCAGCGCGCUACAGGCAGCGUCGUGCGAAGGCCACGAGCGGGUGGUUAAGAUACUGCUGAAUGCGGGUGCUGACGCCAAAGCGGGCGCUCCCGUUAACGCACUAUACCUAGCUUCAGCUAGAGGCCACAAGCAGGUGGUUAAGAUACUACUGAACGCGGGCGCCGACGUCGAUGUGGGCGCCGACGUUGAAGCACAAGAUGGGUUCUACAUCAAAGCACUCUGCUUAGCUUCAGUUCAUGGCCAUGAGCAUGCAGUCGAGAUACUGCUGAAUACAGUUGCUGAUUCACUCCAGAAAGGUGACCCUGUGUCAAGACCAGACUAG